AUGAGCGAUUCUAGCAGCCGCCGUGUCGAAACGUGUACACCAAGCACGUCAAUAAUAAUCGCACCAGAAGAAGAAUCAACCACGACGACUGCUGAUGAUCCACGCAAAUUCUGUGUGAAUGAAAUUCCAUGGAAGCUGGUUCCCCAGACCUGCGACGGCUUCACCGAAUUCGAAUUUCUCGAUCAAAUGGAAGGCUUCAGUCGUCUCUCUGACGUGGAAUCGUUCAUCUGGAAAUGGUCGCCAUGUGGAAGAUACGGAAUUGAUUUGCCUGGAGGACGAGAGAACAUCAAUCAUCAACUGAAGGACCGAAUGGCAAUUUUCGAUCUUCACACCAACUCAUGGACAUUCUACACAAUGGAUGUCGGUUUCGACAUUCCACGUGUCUGUUUUCUCUAUUGGGCAAGGAACGAUAUAAUCGGGACUGUGACUUUGGUGAAAGACGACGCCGAACCCCGCCCAACAGACGACAUAGUAUUGAAAUUCAGACAAACGUUCUGGCAUGUUUCUCACGAAACUCAAAAACUGACAUAUUGCGGACAAUGCAAGUACCGUACAAACAAGACAAUUCUCGCUUCUUAUUGGUUCCACAUCUUCGAAAAUCGGCGUGGUGAACCAUUCAUAGAUCAUAAUAAUCAAUUGUGGCUCAUUUUCUCAAAUGGAUCCGAUUCUCUAAUUCUUUUACCUUACCUUCCGUCAGCAACAUGUUUUGACGUAAAAUAUGUUUCGUUCGACAUGAAUAGUAUUGUUAGUCAACGUCUUGGAACCCGCGUCUAUCUGGAUCCUUUCAUGUCUUCUCACUACGUUCCCCAUGUUUAUCGUAAUGAAAUUAACUUCUUCAUCCGAGUCGACACGUUCUCAUUCGUCGAAGAAGAAGAUAGAGAUUACGGUCAAGAUCCACAAGUUGACGAUAAUGAAACGAAAGUGUUCCGUGGAGUUUUUCACAUGCGAAUCAACCUGAAAGACGUCAUCGAAAGAGAGGAAAACAACAUGAAAGAUGUGGAAGAUCCAGAAGAAGUGGACAUCAAAUUCACUAAUAAUGAUGUAGAAGUAUGGAAGAAGAUCUACGAAGAUUUCAGUCACAGUCAAAUGUGUAUUUCACAACACGGAAAGAUGGUUGUACUCCAAAAAUGGGGACUCUUCACAAUUGAUACGCUUCUCACUAAGCGAUUGUCAACUCGAGUCGCCAAUUUGGAUGCCCGAACAUUUUGUUGCAGUGAAGAACCUCGAGGCACUGCGUUCUGCACAAUUGAUUUGGACAGUGAGCAAAUCAAAAAGUUCGACGUAUUCAUUCUAGGAACCGACGUGAUUCAACCUCAUCCCUCUGGCACUGUCUACAUGUUCAGAUACAAAGAAUUGUUUGGAAUGAGCUACUGUGAACUACCGUACUUCGAGCCCAUCACCCUUCAACUAAAAUGUCGUCAAAUACUGAACAAAUGCGUACAUAUUGAUCCAGCGUAUAGUCAAACUGUGUGCUGUUUGAAGUACGAAGAGGAGGACUAUCUUCAUGAUUUCCGCAACAUGAAAAUUGAAGAACAAUAA